AUGAGCGGACUGCGAGACUUGGUGGCCGAUGCCGCGUGCGAAGGUGGCAACCCCCUCAUGAAUGCCAUGAACCGCCUCUGGGAGGACCCUACCGCCCGCCAGCGCCAGCAGCAGCAGCACCGCCGCGGGUCCGGCACCACGGUGGCGGUGGCGGUGGCGGUGGCGGGCCUACGCAUGCAGAUCCCCUGUCACCAGCAGCAGGAGGGGCCACACGGGCGCUUCCUGGAGGACGACGGGCGGGGAGAAGAAGAGCUCCUCAACUCCCACCAAGGGGUGGAGGGGUUCUUUGGGACGGGGGGCAACGCCUUUGCAGAGCUCGAUCCCGACAUCGACGCCUUUGCCGACGCCUAUGCCGGCCAGCGACAACAAGGUGUGGUCCCCGUGGCGUGGCGUGGCGUGGCGUGA